GGUGUGCAGACCCGCGCAGGGCUGCGUUGCUGCUGCAGGCCCUGGAGGAUGCCGGUGGUGGAGCGACGGAUGGUGCCCGCGAGGAGCCGGCAGCAGGGGCUUGGAGGAGGAGGGCCAGGCAGCAGCUCACCCCCAACUCAAUACAGGGCAGCCAGCCAGCCACCACUUGGCCCAGUUGGUGCUUGCGGGGAGGGGGGGAGCGACUUGGCUGGAGUCCUUGUCCUGCUGCUCGUCCUCACAAGAACCCUGCAGGGUCGACCCCAGGCGUCGCUCAACCUUAAAAGGGGGAACCGACGGAGGUUGGGACCGCUGCUACUCGGGGCUGCGUCCUGGGUCGGCAGGCCGGGGGGCCUCUCCCGAGCGGCUGGGCAGAGGCGGCGCGCGCGGGGUCAGCCAAAGGCGAAGCGGCUUCUUCCGGGAACGGCUGCUCCGCCGGGGGGGAUUCCAGCCUCGCCUCCCCUCCCCGCCCCGCCCGCAGCAGCCGAGCCCGCCGGGAAAUUCCACUCGGAGGAAGCAGCUUCGGGUCCCAGACUCGCCGCAGCAGCAGCAGCAGCUUCAGCGUCUCCUCCGCCGGGCGGGCUGCUGCGCAGGAGGGUCCAGAGCGACCGAGGAGGAGAAGGCAGCGCGCGCCGCGGGGAGAGGCGCCAUGUCCACCAGCCUGGUGAAGGUGAACGGGGCCGAGGCAGCUCCCGUGGGCUCCGACAAGACCGUCAUCCAUGUCACCAUCACCCAGGAGUCUGCACUCGCCUCCCUGGUCAAGGCCGUGGCAGCCGCCAGGGGCCCGAAAUCUGCCCCCACGGCUGCUGCUGGUGCUUCCCCUGGCAGGCUGCGAUGCAACGGAGAGCAGAAAGUGCUGGGGGGGGCCCAGAUCCUGCUCGGGCUCGUGUGCAUCAGCCUUGGGGUGGUCGUGAGCCUGCAAAACCGCUACAUUAGGGCAGUCCAGACAGGUGCCCCUUUCUGGAUGGGGAGUCUGUUCAUCAUAUCCGGCACCUUCUCCGUGGUGGGCGAGAGACGCAGAGGCUUCUGGGUCUUUGUGGCCACCGUCUUCAACCUGGCCAGCCUCGUGGCUAGUUCUGUGGCCCUGGCAGAAGGUGUGGCGGAGGUCCCAAGUCCGUAUUCCCAGCCCUUUAAUGUUGACUACCUGUGCAAGAAGCAAAGGCCGGCCCGGCCCUGGUGGGCUACUCCCGCCCCCCCCAGCCCCAGCCCCGUCUAUGACUGGAGAGCGGCCGAGUGCAAGCAAACGCUGGCGAACCUCAUGAUGAUCGCCAAUACGGUCCAGAUCCUGCUGCUCAUUUUCUCCAUCGCUGGCCUGGCCAUCGCGCUCUUCUGCUUCGGAUGCGGCCUCCGUGAUCUGUGCUGCUCCCUGCGGACGGUCAGCGAGGACUACGUGGCGGUUGGGGACGUGGAAGUGCCGCCUCCCUACGAGGAUCAUCGGGCCAAGGAGGCGGCGAAUGGCGCCGGGACCGGGUGAAGGACUCUGCGCCUGGGCCUCAUCCUGUUCCUUGCGCUCUCACGUGCCUCUGCUUUGCUCUCUUUGCCUGGGAGGGCCUGCCGCACCCUUGUGAGUAGAGGGGGCUCUGCGCAUGCCCUCCGCCGCACCCCAUAGAGCCCGGAUGGGCCAGACAGCGCCCCUUGUGCUCGCUGCUUCCUCUGCAGGAAUUUGUGCUCUUGUAAACAAAUCCAUUAAAGCAGCUCUGCCGGA